AUGUUUCUCACGGGCAUUACUGAUUGGAAAGCAAUUAGUGGGUUGCCUGGAUUCAUUCUCACUGUUGGGGAUCAAGGGUUAAAAGAGCUUCAAGUGGUGCACAGUGGAAACAAAAUUCUUCAGUAUGUAGUCGCAUCCUGGAGGUAUUUUGUCUUCCGCUUUGGAUUGAAAUUGAAAGUUGACGAUUUAGAUAUAUACAAGGCUGAUGCAUACCAAGUGAAAGCAGUGAAUAUUAAAUCUGCAACCCAAAAACGCCCGAAGCCCAGCAAAGCAUUCGAUCGCGUAUCUGAUUUGGUGCAGUACAUUUUCCUCAUAAAGACCGGAAUGGGCAAUAGUGGGCGCGCUCUGAUGAAUAUUGAAAUACCGUCUGACGUCCAUAAUCCAAAAGUCUCUGCAAACUACAUCAUGACAGGGAACCCUAUCCGUGGAAGGUUUUUGGUUGAAAAAGCCAAAGAGUUAGGAUGUCCCAGACAAAAGUUCAAGGAUCUGUGCAACUUCCAGAGCGUGUGGCUUGACGAUGGGACUGAAAUCAAACCCGAACAGGUUCUAGAGCCUAAAAAGACAUUCGAUAGUAUUUUAUUCCUUGAUAUUCCUGGUCCCGAGUAUUUGCAAAACACUUUAGAGCACGACUGGAAGAACGAAAUAGCAGAAAAAAAAUACUCAGCAGUUUACCAUUUCAUUGAUGAGUCGGUCGUCAAUGUGCUUGAUCUUCCAGAAUACCAGGACUUCAUCAAAUCGUUCGGUCCCGAUACCUACCACUUCAUUUCUCACAGACAAUACGUUCCCGAUACAUUGAACUUUCUGGCUUCAUAUGUGACGUCUUUGAAGUGGCACGUCUUACUUCCAGAUCUAUUUCCGCUUUUCAGAUGGAGUGACCAGCCGGAAAAACAGAUACCAGAAGGUUUACCCAACGUGCGGCCGAUGCUAUGUGGUCAAAUUGUCGGUUUUGGGCCUAACGAGACCUCGAUCGUUAGAGCCAACAGUUGUACCAGCACAGAUGAAGUGGUGAAGACUGUGCGGGACGCUUAUGCAGAAGACAUAGCUCCGUUGCAGCUUCCAAACUUUGUCUCAGAGGAGGAGUUCGUCAAGCUAGCUACCACUCCUGCAAAUCAUAAUCUGAAACAAGUUCCAGACAAAUCUCAGCCAUUGAAGGAGCAAGUCGAAACUCUGGUUUUGGGGACGGGCUCGGCGCUGCCAUCUAAGCUGAGAAACGUGAUAUCGAAUGCUGUGAGAGUGCCGACCGAGUUUGGCUACCGAACCAUUUUUUUGGACGCUGGCGAGAACACUCUGGGCAGCAUCAAUAAGCUGUACUCGCGGGACGACGUUGACAUGCUUUUCAGAGAGCUCAAACUGGUGUACUUGUCGCAUCUGCACGCUGACCACCAUAUCGGAAUAGUCUCACUACUGCAGAAAUGGUGCCAGGUCAGAAACAAGCACGACAAACUGUAUGUUGUGGCUCCAUGGCAGUACGAGAAAUUCCUCAUAGAACUACAGCGGAUUGACAGCACUCUGGAUCUGGCUAAUAUUGUCUACCUGAGCUGCGACCAGUUCAACUCCGGCAAGGUUAUGCCCGAGUUCGAACAGAUACCUAUCGAAAAUAUUCCCAAGAAUGAGACCCUCAAGGUGAGAGGUACGCAAAAAGAGCCGAAAAAAGAUUUCCAGCUACAGAGCCAGCUGUACAAGGACGUCGGUCUGAAUGCCAUAAAAACGUGUUACGCCCACCAUUGCGAAUAUUCGUACAGUUGCGUGCUAGACUUCGCGAUCGGCUCGGAGUCGUUCAAAGUAGCGUACUCCGGAGACACGAGGCCGCGACAAAUUUUCGCGAAAAUUGGCUACGAUUGCGAUCUGCUGGUGCACGAGUCUACGUUAGAGGACGAUAAGUACCAAGAUGCAAUCGAAAAAAGACACAGCACGACAUUGGAGGCCGUGCAGAUGGGCAUUUUGAUGAAAACGAAAAAGUUGCUACUGACACAUUUCAGCCAGCGUUAUCGCUAUUGUUCGAGUGCAACGAAGGUGUAUGAGAAGCUGCAGAAUCCAUUGCACAGCAACAGUGAGAUAGAUACGCUUUCGCCGAUUUUCAAAGUGCCCCUGACCGCCGAUAUGAUCGAUAAUGCACCCCAGAUAGAAGCGAUAAUCGCGUUCGACAACAUGCAUGUUCCUAUGGACAAGUUUGGGCUCCAGAAAAAAGUUUUCCAAACUCUGGGAGACAAGCUUGAACGGCUGUUCAACUCUGAUGCGGAGGAGGAUAUGCAAGAGGAAAAACCGCAAAGUAAAAAACGCAGAGCUACUUAG